AAAGCCAAGCCACUCUUGUGCAGGGGAAUUAGGGAAAAGAACCCACCUGUCCAUCUAGGGCAGUGUCUCGUAGGCCUGGACCAUGGGCAACGUCGUGGAGGGCAAGUCAGUGGAGGAGCUGAGCAGCACCGAAUGCCAUCAGUGGUACAAGAAGUUCAUGACGGAGUGCCCCUCCGGGCAGCUUACCCUCUAUGAAUUCCGCCAGUUCUUUGGCCUCAAGAACCUGAGCCCCUCAGCCAGCCAGUAUGUGGAGCAGAUGUUCGAGACCUUUGACUUCAACAAGGAUGGCUACAUUGACUUCAUGGAGUACGUGGCCGCCCUCAGCCUGGUCCUCAAGGGCAAGGUGGAACAGAAGUUACGCUGGUAUUUCAAGCUCUACGACGUGGACGGCAACGGGUGCAUAGACAGGGAUGAGCUGCUCACCAUCAUCCGGGCCAUCCGAACCAUUAAUCCCUGGAGCGAUUCAUCCAUGAGCGCCGAGGAGUUCACAGAUACCGUGUUUGCCAAGAUCGACAUCAAUGGGGAUGGGGAACUGUCUCUGGAAGAGUUCAUGGAAGGCGUCCAGAAGGACCAGAUGCUCCUGGACACGCUGACCCGAAGCCUGGACUUGACCGGCAUUGUGCGCAGACUCCAGAAUGGUGAACAGGAGGAGGAAGACGCUGGCGACCCUGUAGCGGAGGUUGCAGGCUGA